AUGGCGGAUUUGCUCCUUCAAAAGGAGCUUAGCAGCGACGAACGAUUUAGGCUUUUAGUCACAAAUGUUCCUGUGGAAAUGGCCGGAGAAAAACCUCCAGCAAACCCGUCGAAAAGUGGGAAUUAUCUUGUCGACAAGAAGGCGGUUGGCAUCGACUGGAAACAUACUACAAGCUCGUGGCUAAACAGAAACACGAAGACACGCGUUUUCACAAGGGUCAUUAAUAUUUAUGACUCUGAUGAUGACGAGCCAGACGACCAAAUUAGUUGGCAAAGUAGAGAAUUCAAAUCUUCUUAUGCUUUCAGUCGAUGCCAAGCGCCUUCUUGUCGACAAGAUAAUUCCCACUUUUCGACGG